GUACGAAUAUCUGUACUCGAACACGCUCCUUCUUCGACACGACUCUUCAUGCAGCAAGGGCUACAUACCAUCUGUCACGGGCGCCGCUUGCGGAGUCUCUCACGCGUCCAAUCUCCAGGCCGUCGGUGCUGCAUUACCUCACAGAGCCGAAGAGGGGGAGAACGUCAAAAAGAGAAGUACACUCCGCUUCUUCCACCGCAAAACCUACCACCUCUUCCGCACGAGGGGGCAGACGGCGUGGAGAGUCCGAGGGGGGGUGAGUGAGGGGAAAACCAACCAACCUCCAAACUACCUAGCAAUUAAGACAAGCAAAAGGCGGGGGUUUUCCCUAUAGCCUAUGCGUGUAAGGAGGUAUCCCAUUGGAAUCUCCACCGACCCUCUUCCCCCCCGACAUCAGGACGUGACGGGACGAAGCAAUUCAUUCCAUCUCCCUCUCUCACGGCCCUUUUGCGGAGUGAUUCUUCGGGGAAGUCCCAAUCCCGCCCGCCCUGGGCAGCAACAUCAUCAAUGCUCGCCCAAAAUGUUUCCUCCACCACCCACACCCACCCAUCCUCUCCCACCUGCCCGUACGGCCUUCCCUCCGCCUGCAGCAUGUCAUGUUGCCACGCCACUUUUCCCAAGCCGCUGAUCGCGGUCGCUUCCAGCUUCCGCCGCUGCCCGUCCUGCGCGUGGUCAAAAUGCCAAUCUUUCCCGGCGCGUCUGCCCUCUGCCCUUUGACCUCGGAUCUCUCCCACACCCGACUUUGUCUCUCUCACUCUUUCCCCUCUCCCCUCUUCCUCUCCAUCUCCUUCGUCUGCCCCCGCGGUGCCUCUCUCUUUCCACUCUAUUGACCGACUCGCCACCACCGCCUGCCUGGCUCGACCUACCCGGACAACACACCCUACGGCACACCAUGGGAUCCCUCGUCUGGGACGACGAGAACCGCUGGGUGGGCAAGCAGCCCUGGUGGAAGGACGCCACCUUCUACCAAGUCUACCCGGCCAGCUUCAAGGACUCGGACGGCGACGGCUGGGGCGAUCUGCCCGGCCUCAUAUCCGAGGUCGACUACCUCCACGAGCUCGGCGUCGACGUCGUCUGGGUCUCCCCCAUCUUCGAGAGCCCCCAGGCCGACAUGGGCUACGACGUCUCCGACUACCAAAAGAUCUACGCCCCCUACGGCACCGUCGAGGACGUCGAUACCUUGCUCGACGAGUGCCACCGCCGCGGCAUGAAGGUCAUCCUCGACCUCGUUGUCAACCACACCUCCGUCGAGCACCACUGGUUCAAAGAGUCCCGCUCGUCCAGGGACAACCCCAAGCGCGACUGGUACAUCUGGAAGCCCGCGCGCUAUGACGAGAACGGCGUGCGCCACCCGCCGACGAACUGGCGCGGAUACUUUGCCGGCCCGACGUGGACCUGGGACGAGCACUCGCAAGAAUAUUAUCUGCACCUGUACGCGCCCGACCAGCCCGACUUGAACUGGGAGAACGACGCCUGUCGCGAGGCGAUUUAUGAGGACACGAUGCGCUUCUGGCUGGAGCGCGGCGUCGACGGGUUCCGCAUCGACACGGUCAACAAGUACUCCAAGCGGACCGACUACGUCGACGCGCCCAUCACCGACCCGACGUCGCCGCACCAGCCGGCGCCCGAGAUGUGGUGCAACGGCCCGCGCAUCCACGAGUUCAUCCGCGAGAUGAACCGCAAGGCCCUGGCCCCUUACAGCGCUGUCUCCGUCGGCGAGCUGUCCCUGACGCCGCACCCGUCGCAGGUGAUCCCCUACGUCUCGGCCGCCGCCAAGGAGCUGGACAUGGUGUUCGAGUUCUCCGUCAUCCGCCUCGGCAACGGCAACGGCUUUGGCGCCAAGUACAUCUACCAGCCCUUCCCGCUGUCGACCCUCAAGAGGUACACCGAGACGUGGCAGUCCUUCAUCGAGGGCACCGACGCCUGGGCCACGGCCUUUUGCGAGAACCACGACAACGGCCGCGCCGUGUCGCGCUUCGGCGACGACUCAACGCCCGACCUGUGGCGCGCCUCGGCCAAGACCAUCGCGCUGUGGCAGGCCACCAUGUCCGGCACGCUCUUCCUGUACCAGGGCCAGGAGAUCGGCAUGACCAACAUGCCCGCCGCCUGGGGCAUCGAGGAGUACAAGGACAUCGAGAGCGGCAACUUCUAUGCCGAGGCCCUUGAGUCCGGCGACCGCGAGCGCAUCGACAAGACGAUGCACGGCCUGCGCAUCCUGGCGAGGGACCACUCGCGGAUCCCGUUCCAAUGGGACGACGGCCCCAACGCGGGCUUCACGACGGCCGGCGCGAGGCCGUGGAUGCGCGUGCACGACGACUACAGGAGCAUCAACGCCGCCCAGCAGCGCGGCGACCCGGACUCGAUCCUGGCCUUCUACAAGACGGCGCUGGCGCUUAGGAAGCGGUACCGCGACCUCUUCGUCCAUGGCUCGCACCGGCUGAUCGACCCGGACAAUGAGCGGACGUGGACCAUCCUCAAGGAGAGCCCGGCGCCGGUGAGCGAGAAGCCGGCGGCGGCGGCGGCGGUCCGGAGGAGGGCGCUUGUCGUGAUGAAUUUCUCCAAGAGCGAGGAGGCCGCGGGUGACGUGCCGGCGCUACUCGGCUGCGACGCGGGCGACGUGAGGUUGUUGGUGGGCACGAGGGAGGGCGGGGAGCUGGUCAAGGGGGUGGCUCCCGUGCUGAGAGGGUGGGAGGCGAGGGUGUAUACAAACUUUGAGAUCUAGAAGCGAUACCCUGGGUUGCCUUGUAGUAGAGAGGGUUGGUCGGGUGAAGAGCACACACUGAGCUCCCGAACUUAUCAGCCCUUUGUAGGCACGUUUUUUUAUGAAGGGGGUUAAAGGCUGGAAUCGUUUUGAAGCGAUUCAAAGUUAGCAGCAUGGGGGGGGGUUCAAACCUGAUUUCAUGUCAGUUUCGUAUGUAGACAGAUGCCCAUGAGAAUGUGGACCAAGGAUACACGGAGGGCAAGGGAGAACGCACGCACGCACGCGAGACUGCGGACUGCGGCAGAGGUAUUCCUAUGUACUCGAAGGGACGAUGGUUCGCUCUUUGAGAAAUAUCAACUUCUUCUACAACUACGUCUUCAGACUUUCGGCUAUCAUUGCC